AUGUUUUAUAUUGCUUUAAUUUCAAUAUUUAUUGAAAUAACAAUAUGUUCUCAUGUAGGUAGUAGCUUAUUUAACAAUCGCAUCACCAGGACCGACUGUUGGAGUGAAAAUGACUUGGCAAAGUUACGGGCCCGGAAAGUAUUUGAACAGAUGGUACCACCAAAAGUGGCUCCAGAUAAAAUGGAUUCCAAAUACAUAAGAGAUAUUUUGAGAUAUUUUCGAAAAUCGUUAUGCCUAGUGGAUAUUGCGGAAGAUAAACAGACAGCUUCUUUACUAAAACAGGCACUUGCUGAUACUAUUGGAGCCCAUUUGAGAAGUGAUAUAUUACCUACAGCUAGACUUGCUUAUUAUGCUGGUUUUGUUCCUUACAGGAGCGUAAGGGAGCUUCAUAGUUACUAUGAUAAAAUAAAAGUUUUUCUCAAUACUCAAGGCUUAGGUUGGAAAAAACCAAAAAGUCUACCGGAUUGGAAUAAUAUCAAAGUUGACAAAAUUCAAGUGGGUGUUGGUAAGUUCUUCGACCCAUGUAAUUUCUUAGUGACGAAACGAGAUACCAAUUCUUGUAUUCAUUUACCGCCACCAAAGAUCGACGAUCACAAUGAGCCCUCUGCUAUGGCGCUUCCUUUUAGAUCAAAUGGGUUAUUAAGUUUGACAUCACCGAAAUCCGAAGAUGUAUUAUUAAAAUAUUACACUACCGCAUCUCGAUGUCUUUUACGACGGUCACCAGAUACAUGUCGUCAUACUGAUUUCGUUAGUUUUAAUAAUGAGAUAUGGCACUGGAUGAAACGUGAUGUCGCUCCACACCUCGUAGAUGAGAAAUUGUACGCUGCUUAUGGGGGUGUUUUAAGGAUAGCAGCUGCCGCCCAAAACUAUGGAAAGGGGCUUUCACGGCGUAACCUAUUUGCAUUUCAAGACGCCGAGGUGUCGAAAUGGCAACCUUGGAAGAGGUUGAGAGAUUCGUAUGUUUAUUUAAACACGGAUUGGACCCCUUAUAUUUACAUUGUUUUCAUUCUUCUCGUUGGCGUUGCUAUAUGUUUACUUCAAUUGUUUUAUAGCUACAUUUUUGGUGAUGAUGAUGCAGGUUGUCACUGCAAAGGACGACCGAGUCGAUCAUCCUGUUGCAAAGACGUCGCCUAUGCAAAUGUGGAAUCCAAUAUCCCAGCAAUGUUGCCUCGUCAUAAAAAUAACAUUUAUUAUGUGGAAGAGCAGCGAACUAAACGUAGUGUAGGCUCAAAGAUAAAAACUUCUUCCUUGAGUUCGACGAAGACGCAGCGAGUGUACGAUUUAAACGAAAAUAAAGAAAAAUUGAUGGAUGUAAUUUUGAGUGAAAAAAGCGAUUCCAGUGAUGCAUCCAUAGGAACGAAAAAUCGAGAAAAUAAAAACAUUAUUGACGUUGGUCGAGACGACCGGUCGAAAAGCCCGCCAAAAAUUGAAACGUCAGUUGAUGAAGUGAAAGUAUUAAAAAGGGGUGCAAAAGUCUGUCCUCAAAUGUACUCAACGACUACGGCUACCCGUUCUGUGACAUAUCGCGAAGAACAUGCCACCGAAUCUGUGUGGUCCGAAUCUGAGAGCAGUUCUUCAGAACAAAGCGUAACGUCAGAUAGUUCUAAAUCGCGAUGUAGAAGGUCCAGAAGUUCACGUGACCUCGCUUGGGCCAGGCGAGUGAUCUCAAAACAUUCCCUACAAGCCAAAUCUACUUCUGCUACGGAAUUAGAUGUCACCUCGUUUACAACACCGCCUUCGCGCCGCUAAUUUCGAUUUAAAUUUUUUUAUUCGAAUACAUAUAUGUACAAUAUUUGUUAUUUUAGAUUUUAUAAGAUAUGUUGCCUUUCGAUAAGAAUGAUUAAGGUUUGUAAUAUUAAAAAAACUUUUUGUAA